AUGGGUAAAGUACUUUGGGGGUUAAUAUAUGGUUCAAUUCAUAUUAUAAUUUUAGUUGGAUUGCCAGCAAGAGGUAAAAGUUACAUUGUAUUUAAUGUAGGCAAUUUGCGUCGUGUCAAUGAGAAUUCUCAGCAACAUGAUCAAUCGGCCAGUUUCUUUGACCCAGACAAUAAAGAUGGAAGCAAAAUACGUGAUGAGCUGGCAACAAUGGUAUUAGACCAGCUUGUUGAUUGGCUUAGAUCAGGUGGACGUGUUGCUAUUCAUGACGCAACAAACUCGACCAUUCAAAGAAGAAAACUAUUGAUUGAACGUUUACAAAAUGAACCUGAAUUCAAAGUACUGAUUUUAGAAUCUGUCUGCACAGAUAAAAAAGUACUUGAACGUAAUUUCAGACUCAAACUAUCUGGUCCUGAUUACAAGGACAAAGAUCCGGCUAUUGCCUUAUCUGAUUUCAGGCACCGUGUAGCCAAUUAUGAAAAGGCCUAUGAGCCUGUUGGAGACUGGGAAGAAGACAAUGAUAUUCAAUACUGUAAAUUAGUGAAUGUAGGCAAAAAGAUCAUUGCUCACAAUAUCUCGGGAUACCUAUCUGGUCAAUGUAUUUUCUAUCUGAUGAAUUUCAACUUGGCAGAGCGUCAAAUUUUUGUCACACGUCAUGGUGAAAGUGAAGAUAAUCUAACAGGUCGUAUUGGUGGAGAUGCUCAGCUGUCAGAAAAGGGAAAGAAGUUCUCAAAAGCUCUGGCUAAAUUUGUUAAAGAAAGACGUGUUGCUUUUGCUUUGGAUUUAGCAAGAAGAAAGAUUCAAGAAGAACAAGAAUCAAAAAACCCUACUAAGGAUUCGGACGAUGAGAGUGAAGAAUCAACAACAGAAGAAGAAGAGUAUAAAGUGAGAGAAAGAGCAAGAGCAAUUAACGAUUCUCAGUUUACCAUUUGGACAAGUAUGUUGAAAAGGUCCAUGGAAACUGCAGCCUAUUUUGAUCCAGAUGAAUAUGAUAUCAAGAGUAGAGAGGGAAUGACUUAUGAAGAAAUCAAAUCACAAUAUCCUACUGAAUUUCAAGCACGUCAAGAUAACAAGCUUUAUUAUCGUUAUCCUGGUAUGGGGGGAGAAUCUUAUAUUGAUGUUAUUCAUCGACUUCAGUCUAUGAUUAUUGAGCUGGAACGCAUGAACCAGUCGUGUUUGAUUGUAACACAUAGAGUGGUCUUGCGUAUCUUGCUGGGUUAUUUACUUGAAUGGUCUCAGACACAAAUGCCACAUAUGCUAGUACCCAUUCACACGUAA